AGUGCAUCAUCUCAGAUUCUACCUGUAAUCCCAUUGUUCCAAUCCAGUUCCAGAAUCACUUACUCUGAUAUCCUGAAAUUACUUGUUAAUUGACUUACGGAAAUUGGGGAUCUGAUUUGGGUCCCUAAGCUUGUCGAUUUUACCAACAACCAAAGAAAUUGUCCUGACAGAGUAAAUGUAGUUAAUGAGUUCCCCAGGUUCAUUUCCAUGGCAAUCACACAGAGCAAGAUGUACAAAAGGAGAGUGAAUGCUCCUCUACUGUAAACAUGAAACCAGGCUGGACAAACUGGAGAAAACGUUUUUUAACCUCAUUCUCUGCUAAGGUGAUUGUGAACAGUGGGUUGCCUUAGGUCGUGCGCGAACGUCAGAGUCGGACAGGAAUGGUUCAACUAAACAAUCGACUGACCGCCUAAAGGGAGACAAAGAAAAACAAAAGUAAAGCAACAAAGAGAAGAAAAAUUAAACACAUCUGCUAUGAGCUCCCUGAAUUUCACCAUCUCUCUGAAUACAAGUUUUGUGCGUCCCCCGUUUUUUUUCAUCAAUGGUUUGAAUAACAUGCGCCAUGUGAAGUACUACUAUAUUUUCCUGUGCUUUGUUUUUGUGGUCACUGUUUUGGGGAACUCCUUUGUAAUGUUCAGUAUAUACACUGAGCGCAGUUUUCACACCCCAAAGUAUAUGGCCGUUUUUAAUUUGGCUCUAGCAGACUUGGGGGAAAGCACUGCUCUCAUUCCAAAUGUAAUUGCAACGUUUCUUUUCAAUUCCCAAUACAUCUCCUUUGACGCAUGCUUGGCCAACAUGUUUUUUGUGUUGUUCUUUACCUGUUUGCAGUCUCUCAGUCUUACCCUUAUGGCCUAUGAUAGAUUGGUGGCUAUAUACUUGCCAUUGAGAUACCAUGCCAUCAUCACUAUGCAAGCCAUGACUGUAUUAUUAACACUGGCGUGGACAUAUAAUUCAUUUUUAAUUAUUUUAUUGGUGGCUUCAAUUACUAGGUUGUCCUUUUGUAACUCAAUCGUGGUAAAAAGCUACUUCUGUGAUCAUGGGGCCAUAUAUAGUUUGGCAUGCAAUGACAGGUCUAUGAAUUCUAUGAUAACAAGAGUUCAUAUCAUAUUAUGGAUUUGUGUACCCUUUCUUUUGAUUGUACUGUCUUAUUUUUUUAUUGCUGGUGCGCUGUCUAAAAUAGCUUCAUGGGAAGGGCGAUUUAAAGCCAUUAAGACUUGUUCUGCACACCUAAUGCUGGUGUCUUUAUAUUUUCUUCCAAUAAUAGGCAUCUUGAUUGUUUCACUAACUUCAACCCUUCAGCCUAAUGUCAGGAUAUUUAAUUUGUCAAUUGCAAAGACCCUUACACCCUUGCUGAACCCAAUAAUUUAUGUGCUGAACACAGAUGAGGUUAGGGAAUUCUCAAAAAAACUUUUCAAAACAAAAAUCAAAAAACAAAAAAAAAAUGCAACAUAAAUAAAAAAAUCUCAAAUUCAUAAAUAAAAAAAACAAAUUCAUAUUACAGGACUGUUGCUUUUCACUAUAUCACAAACUGCAGUCUGUAAAACCAGAGUUGGAGGCAGUAGUUAAAAUUCCUUAGCCUCUAUGAAAAUGUUUGCAAGUGUUAAGGAAUUCUAAUUUUCAAAACCAAUGAUCAUCAGUUGCUAAGUCUGCUAAGUUGGUUAAUUUAUUUUGUGAAACCUUACGUUUCAAGUUUAUUAAAUUCUUUUUGUUUUUGUUUUACUGCUUAAUGUUAAACGUGUGAUGAAUUACAAAUAUCAACAUUUAUUUUGCCUAAAAAAACAUUUAGUGAUGCUACAUAAAAUUAACUGCCAAGAGCCAGACCCUUUACAGUACUAGUCUUCAAUGGAGACAUGUUACUUUUUACAUGUGGGUAAAGAUUCGCUGCACUUCAAAGCCCCGCAGCCCCAAGAGUUGGACCCAGAGAACAGUCCCCAGAGCCAGCUGAUGGUGAAGCCUACUAACCAAGCACACAGCAGCACUGCUUCAAUCCAACACAACUAGGGUUGAGUAUCGUUUAGAUUUUAUUGAUUCUGAACACCAUUCUGAUUCUGCUUAUGGAAUGCUGGUUCCAAUUCUUGUCAUAUUGCGUAUGAAAAGAAACCAAAAUGUGUUGCAUGCAAAACCACCUUUAUUAUCAGCCGACUUAGGCUGCUAUAAAAAAUAAAUUGUCAUUUUGGUAAUGACGUCAAAUAGAGACAGCGCAUAACACGUCACACAAUGGAGACCACGUCCACAGCGGGGGAAAAAUCUGUUCCGCUCCAUAGACUUAUUAUUGGCAGUCAGCGGAUUAUCAAGAUUAUAAAAAUGCUGAAACCUCCAUGUGGAGAGCUGUACAAAAGACAAGGACAAGAACUCAGAUGUGAGGUUUUCUGUGCCUCCAUGGAAAAAGCUGCUUUAAACACACAUUAUUACGAUAGCGGCUUUUAACUAACGUUAACAUUACUUAAAUUCAGCUGUCAUAGGAAAUAACUUUAGUUAAAAGCAUCUCAUGUUAUGUGACAUGUAAGGUAAUGUUGCUAGCUAUGCAGUAACACAUUAACGUUACCAUUUUUGAGACAGCCUCUUGGCUACAUGGAAGUCAAAGCCUAAGUAGCCUACAUACCAGGGACAAAAUGGCUAAUUUGCUACACAAAGAGCAGCUUGAUUCAGGACCCCAGAAUGUUCUGGCUUUCCUCUCCACUUAAAAAUUACUUGACAAUCCACUGACUGCCAAUACUAACUAUAUGGAGCACAAUGGACUGUUUUCCCCCCAUCGUGGGGGUGUGGCCUAUUAGGGGCGCGUGGAUGACAGAAGUGUAGCAGGCCCUGGCAGUUGAUUAGAAUUAUUUGCACUUAUUUAUCAUAAUGUGUGGGAUCCACUAAAAGGAGGGCGACCAUAAGCUUAGUUACUUCUGAGCUGCACUCAAUCAGCAGGUGAGUGCACUUUAGCUAAUAGAGUGUUGCAGCAAUGAUGUCUUUUUGUAGGCCAACCCAGAUGUUUCAGGCAGAGUUACAAUGUUUUUUUUUUCCCAUAGGGAUUUCGUUUACUGCAGAAGGAGAAAGAAGGUCUAUGGUUAACGACGUAUGGAUAAGAGAAUUUCACGUUUUGUUCAACAAGAUAAAUUAUAUCCAUUAAUAUCUUUAAUGUGAAUUUCGAAGCCGUUAUGUGCUUUUAAAAAGUCAGUUGCUAAGUUGCAAGUUGCUAUAGUGAAACUACAAUGUUGCUGUAGUUCCGAUAUAGCAACUGUGAAAGUAAAUUACUAUUUUGUAAAUGAGACAUCCAGUUUCGUAUGUGUGGUUGAUUACUUGUGGACAGUUACGUUGUAACAUGGUGGGUUGGGGGGUGUUAAAUGGUCACUGUGUCACAGUACACUAUUGUCAAAAGCGGUAUUGAAAAGCGGGUUUGUAGGCACAAUAGCCUAUAUCUGGGACAAUAUUACAUUACAUUUUACAUUACAGGCAUUUAGCAGACGCUCUUAUCCAGAGCGACUUACACAACUUUUACAUAGCAUUUUACAUUGUAUCCAUGUAUACAGCUGGAUAUAAACUGAAGCAAUUCCAGUUAAGUACCUUGCUCAAGGGUACAACGGCAGUGUCCUUACCUGGGAAUUGAACCUGCGACUUUUCGGUUACAAGCA